CCGGCAGCCUUGACAUAAAUAUUGACCUGAUUCUUCCUCCUCCUCUAGAUUUGUGAGUAAAGAGGGAUGAGGGAAAAGAAACAAAACCACAGACGCAGCUUCAGACUCCUGCAUCCCAAAAGAAGCACCAGAUCAGCCAAAAAAGAAGAUGGGACCCCCAAGCCUCAUGCUGUGCUUGCUGUCCGCAACAGUGUUCUCCCUGCCGGGUGGAAGCUCAGCCUUCCUGUAGCACCACCGCCUGAAAGGCAGGUUUCAGAGGGACCGCAGGAACAUCUGCCCCAACAUCAUCCUAGUACUGAUGGACGACCAGGAUGCGGAGCUGGGUUCCAUGCAGGUGAUGAACAAGACCCGGCGCAUCAUGGAGCAGGGCGGGGCGCACUUCAUCAACGCCUUCGUGACCACGCCUAUGUGCUGCCCCUCGCGCUCCUCCAUCCUCACCGGCAAGUACGUCCAUAACCACAACACCUACACCAACAACGAGAACUGCUCCUCGCCCUCCUGGCAGGCGCAGCAUGAGAGCCGCACCUUCGCCGUGUACCUCAAUAGCACCGGCUACCGGACAGCCAGGGCCACUGCGGCCCAAAAAAGAGACCUGCCCAGAGGUGAGGUGUUUGUGGCAUAAUCAAAAUGGAAUGCAAGAUCAUGGGAACUCAGAGGGGGCGUGGAAAUCGUAUUCAUCAGACUGAAAGGAAGCUCACAUAUUCUGUGACAUUCUGAGGGCCAAGGGUGGGAGCUUAAGGCUAGUGUUCCAAAAUCUUAGAGACAACAUGAGAAAACAAACUAUCUGAAGAAUACACAUUCUCUAAAGUGGAUUUCCCAAACUUGUCCUUGAAUGUACGGAAGUCACCAAAAAGCUGUCUCCCUAAAGAAGUGCUUUUAUUCAACUAUGCUUCAUUAUUAUACCCUCAUGAAGACUGGGAGCAUAAUGUCAAGUGUAAAGAGCCAGACACAGAGAACAUUUAUAUGUUUGUAAAACUGGCACUGAGAAUUUUAUUCAUUAUGUUUAGAAUGCCACUCUGUACAAGGAAUCCCAUUCCAGCCUUACUUUCAGAACUCAGGAACCUGAAAACACCUGUUUAGUCUGAUGAACUGGUGUACUCCUGGUUAUUAAAUAAUA